UUUCUUUUUUUGCAGGUGAGUGAAGUCCAGAUGCAUGAGUCCCGGUCAGAACCAGCAGGCCACACCAUACAAGCAAUCCACAUAGAAAGCAGAAAUACUACUGAGAAUGAGAGUCAACUGAAGAGCAGCCAGACUCCUCCUCCAGAGGCCCCAGGGGUUCCAGUGUCGUUGUCUAUGAUGACCCCGCCCACCGAAGCUCCACAGCAACUGCAACAGGUGCCGCAGCAGCAGGUCCUCAGUCCUCAGCAGAUCCAAGCACUGGUCCAGCAGCAGAAGGCACUCAUGUUACACCAGCAACAGAUUCAGGAGGUCUUCAAGAAUCAGCAAGAGCAGAUAAACAUGCAGCUGCUGCAACAGAAGAAUGCUGGGAUAGUUACUCAAGAGCUCACAGCCCAGCAGAUCGCCAUUCAGCAGCAGCUCCUUCAGGUGCAGCAGCAACAUCUCCUCAACCUGCAGAGGCAAGGUCUGCUGUCUGUCCUUCCCAUCACCCCCACUGUAGCCUCAGGGUGUGAGAAUGGCAGCGUCCUCUCUUCUGGUGGAGAUAUUAGAGAGUCUUCCGGCCAAUCUACCACCAAUGGUCAUAACACUCUUCUGAAGAGGAAAGAAAGUGGGUCACAGGAUGAAACCUCCCAGAACAACCAUCCUUUGUAUGGAAACGGCAUGUGCAAAUGGCCUGGAUGUGAAACUGUUUUUGGAGAUUUUCAGGCAUUUAUGAAACAUUUGAACAGUGAUCAUACACUUGAUGACAAGAGUACUGCACAGUGUCGUGUGCAGAUGCAGGUUGUUCAACAGCUGGAACUGCAGCUGAAGAAAGACAAGGAGCGACUGCAAGCUAUGAUGGCUCAUCUCAAAUCCUCUGAACCCAAACCUGCAGCUCAGCCUGUGAAUCUCGUGUCUUUUGCCCCGGCGACAUUGCCCAAAGGCCCUCCUCCUAUGAGUCUUUCUCAGAGUGCCACAGCCCCCUCCACACCCCUGACACCUCUCUCUGAAUCCCCCUCAGUCCUCACUCCAAACAGCAUGUUCACUCCCGUACGGAGGCGAUACAGCCGCUCUGUGAGCCAAGAUAUAAUUGAUAAUAAAGAGUUCUACUUGAGCACAGAGGUUAGACCUCCAUUUACGUAUGCAUCUCUCAUAAGACAGGCUAUAUUUGAAUCACCUCGCAAUCAGCUGACAUUAAACGAAAUCUACAACUGGUUCACAAGAAACUUUGCAUAUUUCAGGCGCAAUGCAGCUACUUGGAAGAACGCCGUCAGACACAACCUGAGUCUGCACAAGUGCUUCGUCCGUCUGGAGAACGUGAAGGGAGCCGUGUGGACGGUGGACGAGAUCGAGUUCCACAGACGGAGGCCUCAGAAAGCUGCUGGGAAUGGAUCUAUGUUGAAGCACUCUCAGAAUCGCCAGAACUUGCCCGGGUCUACUUUUCAGAAUGCUGGUCUGGAUGGAAACAAGUCUCUGUACAACCCAGCCUCAAUAGGUAGCAUCCCCCUCCACCCCUUGCCACACGUUCUCCAGGAGCAGAUGAAUGGAGCUCUGGCUAACGGAUGUGGAUACCAAAGUGACAGCAGUGCAACACAGUCCCCUCCACAAGCUUUUAUUAAAGAAGAGCAGGAGGACGAGGAGAUCAGUGAAAAUUAUCCCUAUGAGUCUCCGGGGAGCAUGGAUGAGCAAGGUCAUAGCCCCGAAAUGCUCCAAGAGGAAAUCAACUGUAGCCCGGAGAGGUCCGAGCUUCAUUUUGAUCACGUGCCUUCUCUCUGACGAUGAGGUCCAUUUAAUCCAUGGAGUCGCCAGCUCACUAACAGCCUGUGUAA